CGGGCCAACUCGCGCAGUCGCAGGAAGCGGAAGUUGGGAAGGGGUGGGGGAAAGUUGUUGGGAAAGUGUCGGGUUAUUUUUGAGCUCGUUGGGUUCGCGCCGCGGUCGCCUGAGCAGGUAAAGCGCGAUUGCGAGACCUCGUCAGCCCUGCUGACUCGGCUCAGGCCGGCUCUCGGCCCCAGGUAGCCUGGUGCUCCUUGCAGAGUCCCCUAGCCGGGGUCCCUUUCCUGGAGUGAGGCUCCGUCCGGCUUCCCGUGUCCCCACAGACCCCCAUCAUGGGCAACACGAGCAGCGAGCGCGCCGCGCUGGAGCGGCACGGUGGCCAUAAGACGCCCCGGAGGGACAGCUCGGGGGGCACCAAAGACGGGGACAGGCCCAAGAUCCUGAUGGACAGCCCCGAGGACGCCGACCUCUUCCACUCCGAGGAAAUCAAGGCUCCAGAGAAGGAGGAAUUCCUGGCCUGGCAGCACGAUCUGGAAGUGAAUGAUAAAGCUCCCGCGCAGGCUCGGCCAACUGUAUUUCGGUGGACGGGGGGCGGAAAGGAAGUUUACUUAUCUGGGUCCUUCAACAACUGGAGUAAACUUCCUCUCACAAGAAGCCACAAUAACUUUGUAGCCAUCCUGGAUCUGCCCGAAGGGGAGCAUCAGUACAAGUUCUUUGUGGAUGGUCAGUGGACACACGACCCUUCUGAGCCAAUAGUAACCAGCCAGCUUGGCACAGUUAACAACAUCAUUCAAGUGAAGAAAACUGACUUUGAAGUAUUUGAUGCUUUAAUGGUGGAUUCCCAAAAGUGCUCCGAUGUGUCUGAGCUGUCCAGUUCCCCGCCAGGCCCCUACCAUCAGGAGCCCUACGUCUGCAAACCAGAAGAGCGGUUUAAAGCGCCGCCCAUCCUCCCUCCGCAUCUGCUCCAGGUCAUCCUGAACAAGGACACGGGCAUUUCUUGUGAUCCAGCGUUGCUCCCUGAGCCCAAUCACGUCAUGUUGAACCACCUCUAUGCACUUUCUAUCAAGGAUGGAGUGAUGGUGCUCAGCGCAACCCACCGGUACAAGAAGAAGUACGUCACCACCUUGUUAUACAAGCCCAUAUGAGAGCCGGGAGCCAGCCGUGGGCAGCAGUCUGCACCAGCAGACUCCAGGCGCGCGUGCUGUCCACUCGAGGGAAUGGACUGUCACCUCUCGAUUCACACUCUUUAUGCGACAUUUCAUACCUGCCCUAGUCCUACUUGAAGGUUUGUCCAGGCACAACAGCUCCUAAAGAGCCUGGGCCUGUAACAGGCCUCGUGGCCCCCAGUGGCUGUGAGCUGCAGCGGCCUCUUCAAGGCCGAGAGAGGAGUUGGGCGGCUGCGGAGGACCUGUAGCCCCCGCACCAAAGUGCAUGAGGGCAGUGUGAGUCUAACCCUACAUCCUCUCAACUGGCCGUGGAGAUUCUUCUUAAGCCAAAAAAGAUGCAGCCACUUUGCUAGUAAAAAUCUGGGAUGCAGGGACAGAGGCCACACAACAUUUGUAAUCGUCAGGAAUAAGCCAAUGGCCUUACAAAGGCACUGAGGCCUGGCUGUGAAACUAAGUAUAGUAUUGGUCCUGCCUGUCCUUCAAAAUCAAAGCAAUAAAUCUCCCGUUCUCUGCUCCAGGGAGGCGUAAUUUCUGUAGAAAUUAGAAGCUGUCUGAUUUCCAGAUGAAGUUCUACAGUUGUUUUACAUUUACAUGCACUACGUACUUUCUUUUUUUAACUAGAGGUGGCUGGCUAUACAACCUUAAGGCAAUUUUUAAGUCACAUGACUAGAACAUAGAUCAUAUGAACUGUGAUCAGCAAUAAUAUGUUCUCAGAACAGACUUUUGAACCCGCUGCCAGAUUUCUCCAUUAAGCUGGAUGAUCCCGAGGACUGACCACUGUCAGCUGGAAGGUGUCCAGCUUUUUAUUCCCGUCAUGAUGAGGUGACUAUUGCCGUGAGAUCUUUGGAGAAGCACCCCACCCUCCUUUCCAUUACAGCCUGUGCCACCUGGUUCGGGACCUCUGCCCCUAGUUAGCAAAGGCAGCUGCAGCAGUUGCUUCUGCUUAUUCUGGAAGGAAUGUAGAACUCGACAGUGGCCUCGUCCUUGGGAUCAAAGUGGACCUCCUUACACUCAGCUCAGUUUCCAGGGAGAUGCCACAGAUGUGGCCGUUAGCACAGGUUCCUGUCACCCAGUCAGCAGAAGCUAUCAUUAUGCUCUUUGUUCCUGCUGGGAGAGGGAGGAACGCGCUCCCUGGUUUCCAGUAUUUAUUUGGUAAACCUGAGUUCGGGGUACCCGUUUUGUUACUGUUUUCAAAACACUGAAUUACUGUCACCUUGACAUACGAGUUUCAAUAAAGCUUUGUAAAAAUA